AUUUGUACGUCAAAAUAAUUCCGCAUUUAUUUCAAAACAAAAAAAAAAACGAAGAACCAAUUGUUGAUUUUUUUAAGUUCAAAUAGAUAAAUAUCUAGUAAAUUGAUCUUAUCAAUUCUCAAAUUUGGACAACUCUUGGAUUUCACUAUUUCCGGAAUUAUUUUCCGAAAGUUAUCUGGAGGAUGUCGAAAAUAUUUACGCCAACAAAUCAGGCCCGGCUGACGAAUGUGGCGAUAGUUCGUAUCAAAAAGACGGGAAAACGUUUCGAGAUAGCCUGCUACAAAAAUAAAGUUGUUUCAUGGCGACAAAAGGUUGAAAAGGACAUUGACGAAGUGCUGCAAACUCACACUGUCUUCACAAAUGUAUCGAAAGGAGAGGUUGCCAAGCGUGAGGACCUGCAAAAAGCCUUUGGGAAGACGGACCAAACGGAAAUUUGCAAGGAAAUUUUGGAAAAAGGCGAACUUCAAGUCUCGGAGAAGGAGCGUCAAGAGCAACUAAAUGCAUUAUUCAAGGAAAUUGCAACCAAUGUGGCGGACAAGUGUGUUGAUCCUGAGACCAAAAGGCCGUAUCCAGUGACCAUCAUUGAAAAGUCCAUGAAAGAAAUUCAUUUUUCUAUUAAACCGCAUCGUAAUGCGAAGCAACAAGCAUUAGAGGUCAUCAAAGCGCUAAAGGAGACGAUACCCCUGGAAAGAGCUCAAAUGCGGGUCAAAGUUGAAAUCAGUGGAAAAGAAGCCAAAAGUCUCAAGGAAAAAUUCGUCAAGUUUGCGUCGACAAUCGACGAGGAGACGUGGACCGGCGAUAAAUUGACUUUGUUGUGUCUUAUUGAUCCUGGACGGUAUCGUGAAGUAGACGAACUCGUGAGGAAAGACUCGAAAGGAAACGCAACCCUUGAAGUACUAAGUCUCAAAGAAAUCAAAGAUAGCGAAGAAGUACUAGAAUAAAGUAAUUUAAUUUUGCUAAUUCAG